UUGCUUUAUCAACACUUAUACCUUAACUCCUUUUAAAUUCUUCCAACUUUUGAUUUAUUCCUCUAUUUAUCGACUUCCUUGUGCUUGGAAUAACUUGUUUAUGGUUUAGAUUUUGUUCCAAAGCCCACCACAGCAAUUCUCCAAUCCCAUCUAAGAAGAAGGGAAGGGAAGGGAAGGGAAUCAAUCAAAGAACCUAAUCAAAUGGCAACACAAACAAAUGAAGAAACCUCGUUUUGAUUAGCAUAUUAUUAUUCAGAAAUACUAUGAAUUUGAAGAACCAAGCAAUUCCCAUGAAUUCUUUACCUGCAAGAAAAACACCCAUCAAGGCAUAUUUAUAAACACACAAAAGGCCAAACCAGAAUAAAACUAAAGUCUUAUUUUGUUUCUUUCUGACAUUUUUAUCACAACAAAUAGCAAACUUAAAGUUCCACCUGGGUUUCAAUUCAAUCACUUGCCAUCAAAGAGGGAAGUUAAAAGAGAGAUAAAUGGGAAAAGGGCAAGUGAAUGUGUUGAUGCUGUUACUGUUUUUGACUCUCUGUUCAGCUUCUGAUCAGAAAUGGAGGAAAGCUAUGAUUUCAGCUGAAAAGGCGACCUCUCUGGUGAUGAAUAGAGUUGGGUCCUCCAUUCUGUUUCCAAUUCAUGGAAAUGUGUAUCCAACAGGGUACUAUAAUGUUACCAUCAAAAUAGGUCAGCCUCCAAAGCCCUACUUUCUUGAUCUUGAUACCGGAAGUGACCUGACAUGGCUCCAAUGUGAUGCUCCCUGCGUCCAUUGUGUUGAGGCACCUCAUCCAUUUUACCAACCCAGCAAUGACCUAGUGGCCUGUAGAGAUCCACUUUGUGCAGCAUUGCACCCACCCGGUGACUACAAAUGUGAAAGCCCAGAACAAUGUGACUACGAGGUCGAGUAUGCAGAUGGUGGUUCAUCCCUUGGAGUCCUUGUGCGAGAUGUGUUUUCUUUAAACUAUACAAAUGGAAUCCAACUCAGUCCUCGUCUAGCCCUAGGCUGCGGGUAUGAUCAAAUUCCAGGUGCAUCGCGUCAUCCCUUAGAUGGAAUACUUGGACUUGGAAGGGGAAAAUCCGGCAUUGUGUCACAGCUCCAGAGUCAGGGCUUGGUGCGAAACGUUGUUGGCCACUGUUUGAGUGGAAAAGGUGGAGGGUUUCUUUUCUUUGGGGAUGGCCUCUAUGAUUCUUCACGUGUGACCUGGACAUCAAUGUCACAGGAGUUUACCAAGUACUACUCUCCAGGGAUUGCAGAACUACAUUUCGGUGGGAAAGCUACUGGCAUUAAAAAUCUAAUUGUAGUUUUUGACAGUGGGAGCUCUUACACUUACCUUAAUUCCCAGGCUUAUCAAACAUUAACUGUUUUGUUGAAGAAAGAAUUAGGUGGAAGGUCGCUAAAGGAAGCCCCAGAGGACCAGACACUCCCACUAUGUUGGAAAGGACGAAAGCCUUUCAAAAAUGUAAAGGAUGUCAAGAAAUACUUCAAGACCAUAGCUUUGGCCUUUGCAAGCAGUGGUAGAACAAAAACCCAGUUUGAAUUACACCCUGAAGCUUAUCUUAUAAUAUCAAAUAAGGGAAAUGUUUGCCUGGGAAUUCUAAAUGGAACACAAGUAGGGCUGCAAAAUUUAAAUGUGAUUGGAGACAUAUCAAUGCAAGACAGAAUGGUGAUCUAUGACAAUGAGAAGCAAGUGAUUGGAUGGACCCCUGCAAAUUGUGAUCAACUUCCAAGGUCCAUAACUGCUAAUAUGUGAAAAUUAUAACCAAAACUCUCUUUAUCCUUGUGUCUUCAUCUUAGAUUGAUGUAUAAGAUUACAUCACCCUAGGCCUGCUGUCAAGAAUUUCGAGCCAGGAAGGGUUUUACUAUGUUUAUUUGUAUAAUCACCCACGUAUAUUCUUUUCUUUAAAAAAAAAAAGUGUACUAUAUAUCAAUAAAAAGUUUAUUGUCUAUUGUGUGAAUGACUAUUAAAAUUGGCACCACAAAAUAAUUAACCUUUUGAU